UAUGUUUAUCUCUUGUUUACAUCGGAAAAUACAUCUUAGUUUAAUUAUAGUGUCAUACAAGUGGUAAUAAGAACGAGAUGUUGAAAAAGCAUAGCGACGUAGAGAUAUUUUCGAUAAAUGUAUUUAACCUUUUUAGGUUAGACUUCCAAGUACUUUGAAAGUAGAUCUUGUACUUUCAUAAAAAUUUUGUACUUUAUUGUCCAUAAUCAAUGAAAAGGCAUUAAGGAUUCUCCUUCGAGUUAUAAAACAUGGCAGACUAUUGGAAGUCUCAGGGUCGUAAAUUUUGCGACUUCUGUAAGUGUUGGAUCGCUGACAAUAAGCCUAGUAUCGAUUUUCACGAAGGUGGCAAAAAACACAAAGAAAAUGUUAGCAAACGACUUAAGGAAAUACACAAAAAUAGUGCGAAACAGGCGAAACAAACCAAAAAGAUCGAAGAUGACAUCAAGAAAAUGGAAAAUGCAGCUAUGAUUGCCUAUUUAAAGGACGUAGAAAAUAACACGAGAGACAUGACCGCCGAUAGAAUCAUCAAAGAGAAAAUGACACAAAUAGAAGCAAAAGACGUGUCAUACUUCGAUCAUAUAACAACAGCCACUUCAGGGGCACAAUUUAGAUUCAAAGCUGAAAAUCAACAGUUUUCUCAGGAAAUCGACCCAUGUGAUCCAACUCUAGUGAGAAACAUAACCGCGCAACAGAUGAAAUCUCAGCACAAAGGCGAUAGCAAAAGUCAGGGAAAAAAAAAAAAGGGAAAGAGCAAAACAGGAAAAGGAAAAGGGAAGGGGAAAAAAAUUCUGGAAGAGGAACGUCCAGCAAAACCAGUUCGAAAACUUUGGUACGAAGCUCUCAGUCCCGAAGGAUAUACGUAUUACUGGCACAUUGAAAACAACGAGUCCGUUUGGAAUCCACCAGAAGACGGAUACAUGACGUUCGCGGAACAACAAGAAGAAGCAAAGGAGCAAGCGCUUCAAGAGGAAUUAUUAAAACAAUUGGAUAAGGAAGAAGCGAUCGCGAAAGCGGAUAUUCUCGAAGAGAAACGAGCCAAUGCGGAGCGGGAGAAAUUGAAAAAAUUGAGAAAGAUGAGCAGUGCACAACUACCGCAGUUAGAAGUUGAGCAAAAUAUAAAGGAGGAAAUGCAAGUUGGAACGGAAACAGAAAGUCGACCAUACAGACGAGACUAUAGCAUUCCGGUAAAGUCACAUCCAUAUGGACCUUGGCAAACCGUACAGAAGACCCAAGUUAAACCACUGGAUUUCCAGUUACCGCAGCAAAAUCAACUACAAAUACAAUUACCUGUCUCUAAGAAAACAGAAUCACAGUCGUUCCAAAGAAUAUUUAAAGAAAAAACUAUUACGCAAAUCGAGAUACCUGACAUCAAUGAAGGCAACCAACCAAUUGCAUUUAAGAAACGAAAAAUUAGUAACAGAAACGUACGUCAAAGGUUCACCGAUGAUUCGUAACUGUUUU